UUGCGUGUGGAGAAAAUAUGUUCCUGGCACCUUGAGGUUAGAUGUAAGAGCUUGUCAAAUCAAAUAAUGGCUGAUCUUUUGAAGGAAAAGGCUUUGUUCAAGCGGCCAGUGCACCGAGCACAUCUAAGCAAGCACAUCUAAUCCGUCCCAUGGACCAAAUCCGCCUAGGAGCGACGUCAAAAUUCGUCGGACUUUUUGACCGUGAAAGUUGGCAACGUGAGAGUUGCACUGGUGUGACCCAUGGUAGAGAGGGGUGACCAUGGCAUCUACGAAACUUCACGUACCCAAACUAGAUAUCAGUUUCGAUACACCCAAUCGAGACCAAUUUCUUCGCGAGGAUUACCAUAGCAAGCGUGAUACCUAUGAAAUUCUAGGUCGGGGCAGUUAUGGUGUCGUAAUAAAAGCGUCAUACCGGGGCCGCCCGGUGGCUGUGAAGAUCCUGGAGAAAAAAUCCUGUCAACAGCCUCGGUACGAUACUCUGAUGAACGAAGCAAACGCGCUUUACGUCAGGCACGAUAAUGUUGUCACUGUGCUCAAAAUAGUCUCUGAGGUCCAGUAUGGACUGGUGUUGAUGGAGCGAUUCGAUGGCCACUGCUUACAGCGUAUACUGGAUAACCAACGUCAGCUUCCAAUCCCUUUGCAACAUAAGCUGUUGAUUCUAUGUGAUGUUAUCAACGGAUUGUAUUUCUGUCACCUCCACCAACUGAUACACUUGGAUGUGAAGCCACAGAAUGUAAUUGUCACAAUCAACCCUUCAGCCAAUUUGGACCUAAAGCACAAUGGGAGAGCUGCCUGCUUGUGUGUACGAAAAUAUCUGUGCAAACUGUGCGACUUCGGUUCAUCGAUGAUGCUGACAUCCUGGCGUAGGAACGAAACACUAGUCAACCGUGGCACGAUACGGUAUAUGUCACCGGAAUUAUUAUGUGGCCAACAGCGCACGGUUGAUGGCGUUUCUGAGCGUGCCGAUAUUUAUUCCCUCGGCGUUACGAUGUGGCAGUUGCAUGAGGGGCGUUUUCCCUACGAGGACAUUAAAUGUAAUGAAGUAGUUGCAUACAACGUAGUAAAGAAAGGACUACGACCUGACAGUGUCUCCACUGUACCGAUUACAUUCGGGAAGCGAUCCACAAAUCUGCCCACCCGGGGGCGCUGUUUGCACUGGAAUGUUCUUCUUCCUGGGCCUUAUGUUGGUAGCAUGACUUAUGACGCCCGCUACGAGUCUGAAGCCGUUGAUAAUGUUCUCAAACAACAGGGUAUUGCGGUGGAGUACAACAAGAAGGUGCAAGGAACAAAAAGUUAUGCUCUUGAUACUAUCUGUUCUGAAGCAACAGAAUCAGACCAAGAAAUUCCAACUGCUAGGAUUCGCGCCUUGUUUGUCAAUAACGUUAGGAUUCCGAGGCGGGGGUGUAAUCAAAUCCAUCAGAUGAUCCAAACUUUGUACAGGCAGUGUUGGCUCACGGAUCCGUCCUACCGACCCGAUGCGAUUACGGUUCGUAACACCAUCAACAAAGCGUUGGAAAAGUUUGUUUAUUGCAAGUGUGUCAACUGAUUCACCACGCGAACAGUUAUUUUAAAGUGUUUUUGUGUCUGUUUGUAUUGUAUUGUUUGGUUAUUUCCGGUUAAUGGAAUAUUGCAACAGCGUAAAUUUAAUAAUUUAAGUAAAUUAUUAAAAAGUCGUCGUUAGUUUUUAAGCUUGUCUUCUAAGCAAGUAUUUCUUUUAAGA